AUGCUUUUUGCCCAGCGCAAAAGGAGGCAGAGAAUAGCUGGGAAAAUUGGUCACGAUGACAGCGAAUAUGAGAUCGAUCAUCAUCACAAUAUAGGAAUUCUGCCACAAGGUCAGCCCCGCAACACCCCACGGGCGUACAAUGGGGGUCCACCGGCCACUCCUCGUCGGCAACCGCAUUAUGUCGAGCAGCAACAACAGCAACCGUGGCAGCAGCAGCAACCAAGCGCCCUAAUGGAGCGAUUCGAUGUUAAUUUUACACCACUACAAGUGAAUGGCAACGCUCUGGGUAAUAACUAUCGUGGUGGUUUAGUUUCGAACUUCGGCCAAGCUCUUCCUCCGCUUCCCCCUCCUCCUGUGCAGCCUGCGGCGGCGUGGGCGCCUCUUCCACCAGUGGUUAACAAAAACCCAUUGUGGUUCAAACCUAUGUUGGGAGCGUGCGCGCCUGUUAGCCACCCACUGAUCGCACCCGGUGUCAACGCGUGUUAUCACCAGUCCCCGCCGCAAUACUUGUACAAUUGCGCCCCCGCCGCACCCAACAACUUACCACCACUGCAACUCCCCCCAGUAAAUGCAGGGACGCCACGCGCCGAGACGCCGCUCCCGUAUAUUAACAACCCUAUUGGGCGCUCAUGCAGUCGUGGUGACUUCCAUCGUCCGCGGUCUGCGGCUGUUGGAACAUUACCUAAUCUCAACGCUUUUGAGGAUUCUGCGGAAGCUAAGCGCGCGGCUCGUCAACGGGCCAUUGAGUUUCAACAGGAAAACGCACGACUAUGUGAGGAACGCAGGCGCCAGCAGCAGUUGGAGCGGCAGUUGCAAAUGGAGGAAGAGAGACGGAGGGAGGACGCCGCUCGUGCGGAGCGACUACGUCUCGGUCAAAAGGAGCAGUCAGAGAUGGAGCGGGAGCAUUCUGAGGCGGCAGGCCGGGUGAAAAAAGGUCGCGGUGGGGGGCGGUCGAAUUGGACAAGUGACGAACAGCUGCGUGAAGACCUGAUGAGACAAAUCAACGAUAAAAAGCAACGUCAAGAGGACGAGAGGAGGGCAGCAGAAUUAGAAAUGCAGAAAGAGAAGGAAAACAAUAAAAACAGUGUGUAUAGUAACUUUUAUAGUGACAACGGAACGGACCAUUUACGAGGGGGGCGCGGUGGGUCACCUGAACCCCUGGAACAUACUGCCCCAGGCGCUGAACCCUUGGGCAAUGGCGCGGCCGCCGGAAAUGACCCAGUCACUAAUAUGGCCAUACCCGCGGGGCAACUUCCAGGUGGGAACCCACAUACCCUGCCUCAAUCGUAUCUUCCCUUUGCCCCGCAUCCACUUGGUACCCCGAGGCCCUUCCCUGCGUUUCAGUUGGACCCUAUACUUCCGCUUCAGCGACCAGGUGUAGUAGCGGGGAUGGCUAGUGCGGCGUCGGUGCCAGCUGCGGGCAAUGACUACAUUACCCCGCAUCUGCCGCCGUUUCCUUCCAUUGAAAUAUCAACACCGCGCGACCGCGCGCCCACCCGCGAAGCAGAGCGUGUAGAGUCUCACUUGCGUGAUAUGAUUAACGAACAUGAAAGCAUCACGCGCAUGUUAGAAUCGGAGGUUCCCACUAAACCGAGUGAGAUUCCGUUGUAUCGCCCGCAACCAAUUGCACACACGAAAGUUUCUUUCACUUCUCCCACCGUCGACAAUUUGCGGUGGAACCCGUGCGGGACGCCGCCAGCAGCGGCGGGGACGGGGACGGGAACGGCUAGCGCCCCGGCUUUUGCAAUGGGUUACGCCGCAGCAUGCGGAGGUGGCAGCGACGAGCUCUCCGCUGAGCCCUCAACAUUUGUUGGAGCACAACUCGCCGGUAACAAUGCAUAG